CGCAGUCUGGGAAGUGGAACACUCCUGGCGGAAGCCCCGCCUCCCAGCUUGUCCGCCCUUACCUAACAUGGCGGGGGAUUCUGCAAUGGAGCUGCUGUUCCUGGACACUUUUAAACACCAGAACACGGAGGUGAGAGAGAGAAUGGUGACUUACAGGCUGAGCUAGGCAGCUUUAUGGGGCGGGGAACCUGGGGAGUUUGAGCAGAGGGAGAAUAGGUGUUUAUUUAUCCUGGGAUAUGGUGACACUGAGGCCUACCCAGCACUGCCUCUAUAUUAACCCAGCACUGCCUCUAUAUUAACCCAGCAUUGCCUCUAUAUUAACCCAGCACUGCCUCUAUAUUAACUCAUCACUGCCUCUAUAUUAACCCAGCACUGCCUCUAUAUUAACCCAGCACUGCCUCUAUAUUAACCCAGCACUGCCUCUAUAUUAACCCAUCACUGCCUCUAUAUUAACCCAUCACUGCCUCUAUAUUAACCCAUCACUGCCUCUAUAGUAACCCAGCACUGCCUCUAUAUUAACCCAGCACUGCCUGUAUAUUAACCCAGCACUGCUUGUAUAUUAACCCAGCACUGCUUGUAUAUUAACCCAGCACUGCCUGUAUAUUAACCCAGCACUGCCUCUAUAUUAACCCAGCACUGCCUGUAUAUUAACCCAGCACUGCUUGUAUAUUAACCCAGCACUGCCUGUAUAUUAACCCAGCACUGCCUCUAUAUUAACCCAGCACUGCCUCUAUAUUAACCCAUCACUGCCUCUAUAUUAACCCAUCACUGCCUCUAUAGUAACCAAUCACUGCCUCUAUAGUAACCCAGUACUGCCUCUAUAUUAACCCAGCACUGCCUCUAUAUUAACCCAGCACUGCCUCUAUAUUAACCCAGCACUGCCUCUAUAUUAACCCAGCACUGCCUCUAUAUUAACCCAGCACUGCCUCUAUAGUAACCAAUCACUGCCUCUAUAGUAACCAAUCACUGCCUCUAUAGUAACCCAGUACUGCCUCUAUAGUAACCCAGCACUGCCUCUAUAUUAACCAAUCACUGCCUCUAUAUUAACCCAGCACUGCCUCUAUAUUAACCCAGCACUGCCUCUAUAUUAACCAAUCACUGCCUCUAUAUUAACCCAUCACUGCCUCUAUAUUAACCCAUCACUGCCUCUAUAUUAACCCAGCGCUGCCUGUAUAUUAACCCAGCGCUGCCUGUAUAUUAACCCAGCGCUGCUUGUAUAUUAACCCAGCGCUGCCUGUAUAUUAACCCAGCACUGCCUCUAUAUUAACCCAGCACUGCCUGUAUAUUAACCCAGCACUGCUUGUGCUUGUAUAUUAACCCAGCACUGCCUGUAUAUUAACCCAGCACUGCCUCUAUAUUAACCCAUCACUGCCUCUAUAUUAACCCAUCACUGCCUCUAUAGUAACCAAUCACUGCCUCUAUAGUAACCCAGCACUGCCUCUAUAUUAACCCAGCACUGCCUCUAUAUUAACCCAGCACUGCCUCUAUAUUAACCCAGCACUGCCUCUAUAUUAACCCAGCACUGCCUCUAUAUUAACCCAGCACUGCCUCUAUAGUAACCAAUCACUGCCUCUAUAGUAACCAAUCACUGCCUCUAUAGUAACCCAGUACUGCCUCUAUAGUAACCCAGUACUGCCUCUAUAGUAACCCAGCACUGCCUCUAUAUUAACCAAUCACUGCCUCUAUAUUAACCCAGCACUGCCUCUAUAUUAACCCAGCACUGCCUCUAUAUUAACCAAUCACUGCCUCUAUAUUAACCCAGCACUGCCUGUAUAUUAACCAAUCACUGCCUGUAAAUUAACCAAUCACUGCCUCUAUAUUAACCCAUCACUGCCUCUAUAUUAACCCAUCACUGCCUCUAUAUUAACCCAGCGCUGCCUCUAUAUUAACCCAGCGCUGCCUGUAUAUUAACCCAGCGCUGCCUGUAUAUUAACCCAGCGCUGCCUGUAUAUUAACCCAGCGCUGCCUGUAUAUUAACCCAGCGCUGCCUGUAUACUACUGUAUACCUAUACUAACUGCCUGUAUACCAGCGCUGCCUGUAUACUAACCCAGCGCUGCCUGUAUACUAACCCAGCGCUGCCUGUAUACUAACCCAGCGCUGCCUGUAUACUUAUACCCAGCGCUGCCUGUAUACUAACCCAGCGCUGCCUGUAUAUUAACCCAGCGCUGCCUGUAUACUAACCCAGCGCUGCCUGUAUACUAACCCAGCGCUGCCUGUAUACUAACCCAGCGCUGCCUGUAUACUAACCCAGCGCUGCCUGUAUACUAACCCAGCGCUGCCUGUAUACUAACCCAGCGCUGCCUGUAUACUAACCCAGCGCUGCCCGAUCUGUGUCUCUGGAAGAGCUAUGGCACCUUAACACCCAACAUGUUUAUAAACUACAUUUCCCAUGAUGCUCAGCAAACCCUUGGGCCAUCACUGAUUUGGGGUGAUUUAUAAUUGUGACAGUUAACCCUUGGCUAUUCAGCUGUUUCCUAUUGUACAUCAUGGGCACUACUGCUGCACAAUUGCAAACUGUCAUAUUCCACCACUGGCAUGUUGUGGAUAAUGUAGCCCAUUACUCCAGCCAUCAAUGCUUCAUGUGAAUAAUGUCCAAAAUCCAAUUUUAAUUUUUACUGUUAAAUGUGAUUGUAUAGCUCUGCAAAAUGUGUUUUAAAACAAUUACAAUAUGUUUACAACUGACUGACUGUCUGAAGACUGUGCUUAUUUAAGGUUUUGUUGCUUUUUUAAUGGCUGCAAAUGUGAGAGUGCCACAGUCUACUUUAAAAAAAAUAUAUAUUUAACUUGAUUUAUACGAAAAUGGAAGGUAUGUGGUAAAAUUACCAGUGUUAUUCAAUACAAUAUAAAAUACAUGAUAAAAUAAAAGUUGUUAGUCAUUAUAAUCUCUUCUCUGCAUUGUUUUGUGGAUACACCUGCAGCAGGCAAACUUGUCCCACACCUGGAAGAAACUUUUAUCUCAGAAAUUUCUGCAACUAUAUUUAUGCCAUAUCUAUAAAGUGAUAGUCCAUUAAUGAUCCAAAAUUUUAACAGGAACGUUUGUCCAUUUAUUGUGUUUUUUUUUAUUUUUUUUAUUUUUUUUUUAAUAACAAUAAAUUGUAUUUAGCAUUUUGUAUUAAAUAAUUGCUUCAUUUAAUACAGAGGGUGAAGAGAGCAACUUUUUGUAAAGGGCUUUAGUCACUACAUUGUAGAAAAUUGAGAGAGUUGAAUAUUUCAGGUCAAAUUAGAAGUGCUGGAAUUAUUUAUCUCCUCAAAUUAGCUGUUUUAGAUUCACUUCAGUUCUCCACAAUUCUUGAUUUGGUGUAUAAAUAUAACAGCAUUGCAUACACCUUUUUAGAAGUAAAAUUGUUGCAUCUACAAUAUCAGAAUUUCACUAGUAGUUCGCUUGUUUUUAUUUAGAUUUUUUUUUCUUUGCCAAAAUUGCUAUGUAUACAUGUAGUUACAUGGUUCUCUAUCCUACCUAGUUUGGGUUAAUUUAUUAAAUCAUAAAUUGUCAAAAAUCAACUGGGGGAUGCAUAUUUAAGUCCACAUAUAAUCAAAUUUGAAAAAUUCUCAAAUCAAAUAUAUUUUAUUUAUUUUAUACUAUGCACUGCUAUAUUGUUUUUAUAUAUUACCUAUAUGUUUCUUAUUUUGUAGCACGGUAGCAAUGUGGAUGUUGUUCGAUUUCCACGUGUUGUAUACAUCAAUGAAGUCCGUGUCAUCCCACCAGGAGUCAGAGCACAUAGCAGCUUACCAGACAGCAGGGCAUAUGGGUGAGUUCUAUAUUUAAAAAUGAUGCCUGGACAAAUAUAUAAUUUCUUCUUUAAUUAUCCAUUGUUUUUUCCUUACUUAACAAAUUCAGUUAUUUUUGUUGUCAUUGGAAUGUAAAGUAAAACUUUACAGAGUGAUUUUGUUGAUCAUGGUAAAGCAAUUAAGCAAUUUAAAGGGGCACUAUAGACACCCAGACCACUUCAGCUCAUUGAAGUGGUCUGGGUGCAAUGUCCCAUCACCUUUAACCCUGAGCAAGUAAUUAUUGCAGUUUCUGAGAAACUGCAAUAAUUACCUUUCAGGGUUAAUUGCACCUCUAGUGGCUGUGUACUAGACAGUCACUAGAGGGACCUCCGGGUGGGUAGGAGACUAAAAGUUGCUUAACUGACGCUGGACGUCCUCAUGCUGUGAAUGAGGACAUCCAGCAUCAAUAGAAUCCUUAUAGGAAAGCAUUGCGGGCGGAGGCUGACCCAGCGCCGCGGGACAUUGGUGCUGGAUUCAGGUAAGUGACUGAAGGGGUUUUAACCACUUCAGUGCCACAUGAGGGGGCUACCGUAGGAACCUAUAGUGCCAGGAAAAUGGCUUUUGUUUUCCUGGCACUAUAGUAUCCCUUUAAUGGAAGAAAAAAAAAAUAGAUUAGCUGUUUGCAGGAUAUUUAUUGUAGACAAUCCUGAAUCCUGUGUCAUCAGGAUCUGCAUCAUCAGGAAGCUGAGAGACCUCAUGCUGGGAACUAAUUAGUUUAAAGGGACACUCUAGAUCCCUAAAGCACUUUAGCUUGCAGAAAUAUUUUGUGUGUGAAGUGUGUGGCCUCUUUGUUGUUGGUUUUUUUUUUUUUUUUUUUCACAAAAAGUGCAGAUUUCAAGAGACAUUGGCAGUUUUAUAAACUGACCUUGUUACACCCCCUUGUUUUCAAGCAGACAACAGCUCCUGUUACUUCGGCAGGCAAUUGAUCAGAGCACCUGCCAUGCAAAGAUUUCUGAUAGAGCUGCAUUACGAAGUCUUUUAUUGUUCAGCCACAGAAACUCUGGGCUGGGGAGACAAGAUCUGCAGUAUUUGCAGAUGUGUUUUGAUGUACUCACAAUUGUGGAAAAAAAAUAAUUAAUGCACGCAUGUAACCGUGUGGGCUAUAUCUACUAAACAGUGAUUUAUUUAAAAAAUAAAAAUAAAUUGGCAGUGGAGCGUCCCUUUAACUGUAGUGCAUUCUGAUUCUUAUAAGUUGUCCUCACUGCAUGUAGCAUUAUCUUUUUUUUUUAUUUUUUUUUUCUCAACACCCUUCCCUAAAAGCUUCAAAUAUUUUUUUAUCUAGCUUGCUUAGAGGAAGUAUUAGCACAACAUUAGUGUUGUUUUUAAUUAAACAAAUUAUUCUAUCUGAGGAUCAUAAGAGAAUUAGAUCGCAACAGCUACAAUUGUGCCUUCAGUCAACCAUAUUAAUUUUACUCAAUAUUCUUGUAAAAUGGAUUUCUUUACAAUGCAUUGUUUGACAAAUCAUAAUGUGCAAUUGUAUUUUCAUCCUUUGCUUUGAGCCAUUAGUUAGUUUUUAAAAGCAGGCCUAAAUGAUGCAGAUAACAGGUUAUAAAUAUAUAUAAUAUAUGUUUUGACAGCUGUGCUAAACAAUUAAUGUCUCUACACCCUACACCUCUAAUUAUGUUACUGCUGACUCACUUUUUUUUUUUUUUUUGUUUUUUGUUUUUUUAUGACUUGAGCAUGAGGUUCCUUUAUGGCUUUUUGCAGUUACAAUAAAAUUGAAGUAUUGUUACAGGGUAACGCAGUAACAUGAGAUAAAAUAAACAGAAAAUAACAGAGGUUUGUAAAAGUAACUAUCUAUUCGGUCUUUGCUAUGCACAUAUUGUCCGUAUUUGACAAGGUUAUCGUGUACAUUGUUGUUUGUUACAUAUAUAUGUAUUUUUGGGUUGUAUAAGUAUGUAGAGGACCGUUACAUAUGGUGGAGUAGAAUAGCAGUGAUAAGCUUGUCACACACAUGUUUUUAGAGGGCAGUGAUACAUGUAGUGUGGUUGCUGGCUCACUUUUGACUGUUUUAUAAGGAUAUCUAUGGAUUCAUGUCUUUUGUAGGUCCUAAAUUAAACUUUAUUUUUUUUUUUUUUACAUUUAUAUUUCUAGAAGCUACGCACAAUUAUUAACUCCUAGCUCAGCACAGAAAUCAUCCUACACCAUAUGUUUUUGACAAUCCAUUUUGUGUUUUGCAGAGAGACCUCACCACACACAUUUCAUUUGGAUUUGUUCUUCAAUAAUGUCAGCAAGCCAAGUGCGAAUGUGUUUGACAGACUGGGGAGGUGAGUUGCACUAAAAUAGGUAAAUAUCAAUCUCUAUUAAGUAUAUAUGUGCUAACUGCCUCUUUGUGUUUCUUUAUCAACAGUCUGGACUAUGACGAAGGCAGUUCUAUCAUAUUUAGACCAAAUGCAAAGGUAACUAAGGCUGCUGCUCUCGGUGUUCUGUUAUAAAAAAUUAAGUCAUUUAUUGUGCUCAAAUAAUAUAUAAUGUUGUUAUUAAAUAGUUAAACUGGUAUUGCUUGCAUUUGUAAGAAUUAUUUCCAAUGCCAACUUCACAGAACGUGCCUUUUAGCUGUCCCAAAUAUAAAGAUUUAAUCAGUAUGUUACCUUGUGACGUGUAGUCGGCAACAAUGACAUUUUGGAUUUAUUUUUUAUUUUAUUUUUUUAAAUUGUGUGGGUUUCUCGUCCUAUCCAGUCUCUUGUUUGGAACUAUUGAAAAUGAGUUUCUGAAAUUCCUAGUAUUAGUGUUACGCAUGUGGUAUGACUUGAUAUCUAUUUUAUUAAUAGUGAAUGUAUUUCUCUCUUGCAUUAUAUGAAGGUGAAUUUAGAUUUUGAAACAGAAGUUAGAAGAAAGCUGAGACUCUAGUAAUAAUAGAAGCAACAUAAUCUAUACUCACUCUUUGAAUACAUUUUGGUGUUUGUGUUCCAUUAUUUAUGGUCUGCCAUCAGCCUUCAUUCAUUCUUUCAUGUUUAAAAAAAAAAUGUUCUUGCUUGUAAAUAUUAAAUUACUCUUCUUGAUAUUGUCAGAAUAUUUCCCCACAAUAUUCAUAAACCUUUUAAAAUACUCUCUGUGAUGCAAACCUGAUUUGCAGUGUUUGUUCAGAUACCCAUACAGUUAUGGUGAAAAUAUAUUAAUGUUAAAUGACUUGUCUAGUUGUAAAUCGUUUGCAGUAAGUAGCAUGCUUUGUUGUUCAAAUCGUGUUUCUGUAUCAGGUUAAUACAGAUGGCCUGGUGCUUAAGGGGUGGUAUAACUGCCUUACGCUAGCUAUCUAUGGAUCAGUAGACAGAGUUGUCAUAAGCCAUGACCGGGAUUCUCCUCCGCCGCCCCCACCCCCGCCGCCGCCUCCUCAACUUCAGCAGCUAGUCAUGAAAAGAAACCCAAAGCAUGGUUAGUAUGUUUGUUGAUUUAAAUGUGGAAUCGGAGGGGGUACUUACUGUAAUUACAGUUUCUUGUUUUCACUUUACAAACUGCCUCUAACAGUGUUGGAUAUUUCCUUGUACAUUUUAAAGAAGUACAUGAUGUCUUUUUUGUUGUUGUUUUUUUUAGAAUUGCAUUGUUUUUACUUGUAUUUGAUUUGUAUAUUUGUGUCUUGCCAACCUGUAUCACAAACCUUGUUUCCCAAAAUAUAAAUGAACUCCAGUCCAGAAUUAAACCCCUAUUUUACAUGUAAUAUAGCAAUAAUGCAUCACAAAUCAAAAUAUGGGUAUUUAUAAAUACCUGCGUUUGGUGCACAUUCGUGCCCAUUUUACAGCUUCUCGAGUAGGUUUUCAUUAGACUAGAAAUUGACUAAAAAGCUGCGUAGUGGUCCUGGUGUUAACAUGACUUUCUAGUGAAGCAUUGUUUAGAUGGGAUUCUUUUCAGCACUUUCCGACUCACAAAAAGUUUGAUUACACAGAAUAAAUCUGUUAUUUAUACUUAAUCUGAUUGUUGUAUUUUUCGCUAAAAGUGAUGAUGUAUACAGCCAUACUAUUGAAACAAAAAUAGAAAUGCUCCUGGUGGGGAGAAGGAGCAAAGUUAUUGAUUAUUAAUGAAAAUGAAGUAAAAUUAAUUCUAUUAAAACCAUUCUGCCUCACUAAUUCCAAUAUUUAAGUUCCAUUAAAAAGGCAUUGCUAAUGAAAGGGUGACCGUUAAGCAUUGAGAUGUGAAUUGAGUGAUGCUGCCCUCAGCUGUGUGGGAAUACAUACUCUUUAUCCUAAAAGAUGUAGACUGCAAUUUUCAUCUGGAAAUACAAUUCUGGUUAAAGGGACACUAUUGCCACCAAAACAACUUUUAGCUUAAUGAAGAAGUUUUGGUGUAUAGAUCAUGUCCCUGCAGUCUCACUGCUCAAUUCUCUGCCAUUUAGGAGUUAAAUCACCUUGUUUAAAUCACUAGCAGCACUAGUCACACCUUCCUGCAUGUGACUUGCACAGCCUUCCUAAACACUUUCUGUAAAGUCAUUUAAUGUUUAUACUUCCUUUAUUGCAAAUUCUGUUUAAUUUAGAAUUCCUUAUCUCCUGCUCUGAUCUGAUUGAAAAUGAAACCAUUUUGUUUUCAUGCAGGCUGUGUCAAUCACAGCCAGGGGAGGUGUGGCUAUGGCUGCAUAAACAUAAGCAAAACUGAUUUAACUCCUGAAUGGCAGAGAAUUGAUCAGUGAGACUGCAGGGGCAUGUUCUAUUCACCAAAACUGCUUCAUUAAGCUAAAGUUGUUUUAGUGACUAUAGUGUCCCUUUAAGCAUUUGCUAGCCAUUUGGAUAGCAUAAUGUAUAGAUGAAGUGAUAUUGUCUGUAAGGUGACACCAUGUAGUAUUUGCAUGACAGGUGUACUGUAAAGGCCAGCUUGGAUACAUUAUUAUCUGACUGGAUUACCUUUAUUUUACUCCUUUUUUCCAGUUGAAGAAGACAAAGAAGAUCAAUUCAAUGGUAGUCCACCUAGGCCUCAGCCACGGGGGCCUCGCACUCCCCCUGGGCCGCCACCACCUGAUGACGAUGAUGAUGACGACGAGCCUAUGCCAGUUUCAGGUGUUUUUCACUAUAAUUACACAUUUGAUCAAGUAAUUCCUUAACAUCAAACUCUUGUAAAUUGUUUGUAGAUGGUUGUAACGCCUCGACAUGUUUAAAUAGGUUUUUAUUAAUAUUGGUUUUAGAGCAUGCUGACGUGCUACAUAAUAUCCCUGCUCCGUCUGUGACUUUGUGGUGUGAAAAAGUACAGUACAGUGAGUGGACUCAUCUGACAGCAUAAUUUAUUUACUCAAUGAAAUGUGUAAAUAUUUUAGUUGUCAUUUAUAUAUUUUUUUUCUCCUCAUGUUUUGAAACAGUUUAUUCAGCAAGAAUCUGGUUCAAAUGGACAGUCAAAUCACCAAAUCCAUUACAUAUUAAUGUAGUGCUUUUUGUACAUGGAUGCUGUCCCUUUACUCAGACAAUGUAAAACAUCUCCAUUUCUGAAAAACUGCAGUAUUUACAUUAGUCUGAGAAUACUCUUAGUGACUGGAAAGCCACUAAAGGCAGAUUCUCCUUAAGACCUUCACCUUUUGAAAGUUUUCAUAUUCAGCAUAAUCACUCUCAGCAUGAAGAUGCGGUAUGCGGUUAUGCUUAGAGAAGCGUUGGAUUCACUGCUACUCUAUGAGAAGCAUUAGAAUCCCACAGAGGGCAGAGUGGCAACUUAUGGUAAUGGAUGGUAAGUUUUUAUAGCCCAGUGUGUGUGUUUGGUGUGGAUUUUUUUCCUCUUUCUUCUUACGAGGGGUCUGUAUCUAAGGAACACUAGGGAUACUCUAGAAAAGAAACACAUAUUUUUAAUGUUACAGUGUUCCUUUAAGCAUGUUGUCUGAAUGCAAUUAUACUGAUUUCUCUUUUAUGAAAACAUUUUAUUUAUUUGUAUUAUCUGCAUACAUUUUUGAAGUAACUCCUGUACAUCCUCAUUUGUUCAAAUAAGUGUACACUUUCACACAGUACGCACAGUGUUUAGCAGUCUUGCUUGCAAUGUCUGCAGUCAUAGCAAUUCUGCGUGUGUAAAAGACUGAUUUGCUCUUCUUGAUCUGUACGGUUAUAGCCAGUGGUGAGCCAGUAGGCAGAGUUAAAGGGACAUUCUAGGCACAAUUAAAAGUUGUCUCAUAUCUUAUUUAAGUCCAUUAGGGUGCCUGGAGUCCUCUGGCUCCUUCCUAUUGUUCAGUGUUCUGAAAUGCUUUGACUUUGCAUGAGGUUCUCUUGGUUUCAUUCACCCUGUCUCCCUCUGCUGCUUUGGCUGAUGCUUACACGUUAACCUGAGCAGCACUGAUCAGCUAAACACUCCUAGCCUAUUGCUACCACCUGUCACUUGUAUGGAUUUGUAUUGCUUAUGUGGACUUUCCCUUUGUCUUAAAGGGACACUCUACUGCCCAAAUACAAUAAAUGAGAAAUCACUAUUUAGUAGAUAUACUCCAUUAUGCAUAUUUUUUAUUUUUAUAUAUUGAGGGAAUAUCUAAAACCAACUUGCAAGAGCUGCAUGUCUCUUGCAAGCUCACCCCUCUUCUUCCACAACCCAGACUUUCUGUGGCUGUCCAAUCACAGACUUCCCAAUGCAGCACAAUGAGAAGUCUUUGCAAGGCAGGUGCUCUAGAGAAUGGUCUGCCCCUUAAGUUUAGCUCAAAUGUAAACAACCAGGAAGUAACAGGGCCAAUUGCCUGACUGCUAAGUGGGUGUAACAAUGUUUGUUUAUAAAGGUGCUAGGGAUCGAGUGAUUAUCGGUUUUACCGAUAUAAUCGGCCGAUAUUCUGUAUUUUCGGCAAUAUCGGUAUCGGCCAAUUCAGAUACCGAUAUUGCCUAUAAUACCUCCUAGGACCGCCGGGCUCAUUACAAGCCUGGGGGGAGCGGGCAUCAAGCGCUUACUCACCUCCCAGCAGCUCCUCCAGCUCCCCAGUGUAACUCUCGCGAGACCUGCGGCCGUCAGAGCGUUGCCAUGGAUCACCAUGGCAACGCUCCGUGCGACACGCUGGCCGCGAGAGUUACACUGGGGAGCUGGAGGAGCUGGGGAGGGGAGUAACCCCCCCAAAGCUCAGCCAAUGCCACUGGACCACCAGGGACUGUCAUAUCCCCCCUCCCUGGCCAGGCAACAAGCAGGGAGGGGGGACAACAAAAAUAAAUCAUAAUUAAUUUAAAUAUAAAAAAAAAAAUAAUUUAAUAAAAAAUGCCCCCUCACACACUCCAUUAUAUACACUACACAAACACACUGUGUAUAUAAUGCAGUGUGUGUGUGUGUAUACAAUGCACACAAAUACACUGCAUUAUAUACAAUGCACACAAAUACACUGCAUUAUAUACACACACUAUACAAACACACUGCAUUAUAUACACACACUAUACAAACACACUGUGUAUAUAAUGUAGUGUGUUUAUAUAAUUCAGUGUGUGUUUGUGCAGUGUGUGUAUAUAAUGUAGUGUAUUUAUAUAAUUCAGUGUGUGUUUGUGCAGUGUGUUUGUGUAGUGUGUGUAUAUAAUGCAGUGUGUUUGCAUAGUGUGUGUGUAUAUAAUGCACACUACACAAACACACUGCAUUAUAUACACACACUAUACAAACACACACACUCUGCAUUAUAUAAACACACUACAUUCACUAUACACACACUACACAAAUACACACACACUCUGCAUUCAUUAUAUACACACACACUUUGCAUUUAGUAUAUACAGCAUUCACUUUACGCACACUACCCACACACUACACAAACACUCUGCUUUCAUUAUAUACACACUACACUAAUACACACUGCAUCCACUACACACACUAGACAAAUACACACUGCAUCCACUACACACACUAGACAAAUACACACUGCAUCCACUACACAAACACACAUUGCAUCCUCCACACACACUACACAAACACACACUGCAUCCAUAACACACACACUACACAAACACACACACUACACAAACACACACAGCUCCCCUGUCACACUGCAUCCACUACACGUGGCAUGUAUAUUUUGUGCAUUUACCUUUAGAAAUAGUUUUUAUUUUCCAAAAUGGUAAAUGUACAGAAUAUCGGCAAAUUAUAUCGGCUUUCGGCCUGAAAGUUCACAGAAUAUCGGUAUCGGCUCUAAAAAAAUCAAUAUCGGUCGAUCCCUAAAAGGUGCCACUUUCUAUUUAAAUCUGCACUUUUGUAAAAUGAUAAAAGAGCAAGCUAAAGUGCUUAACUUGUGCCAAGAGAUCCUUUUAACCAUACAGCUAGGGCCCUCAUUCAGUGUACGAAAACCGUUUAAUGACAAACAAUGGGACUGUAUCAGUUGUCUCCAAGCACCAUAACCACUUUUAUUAGUUGAAGUGAUUUAUGGUGCCUAGGGUAUCUUUUUAAGACUCCAAACAUGUAUGCAAAUAUUAUGAAAACCGCAUUGAUGUAUACGGUGAGAGUUCAGGCACAGGGUCCUUGCAUCAAAGCCACUACAGUAAGCUGAAGCAGCUAAGGUGCUUUGAAUGUUCCUUUAAAAAUUUAUAGCACAAUCUGUCUGCUCCACUUAUUUAAUGGGGUACACAAAUGGUCAAACACCCCUAACGUAGGGUUUUUUCUCUAUUCUCUAACAUUUACCUGCAGCAUGUCUAGUGCAUAUUUUUACUUGUACUCUUUAAAAAUAGCAAAUUACAUCACCUGUAAAUCAUUUUGUCUGCCUGAAAUUUUUUAAGCACAUUACAUUUUGAAUUACAGUUUAGGACAGAGAAAUUAACACAUGCUUUUGAUUACAAACUCUAGUUCUGUGAGUAAUAUAUUUGUAUCUGUUCUGUUAGGUGGUGAUAAGGAAGAUGAUGGAGAACAGAGAGAAGGCUACUUUGAACCCAUAUCUCCUGAUCGAGUGUCCAUUCACCCUGAUGGCACCUACUCUGAUGAUGAUGUUGAUGAUGACGAAGAUGAUGAUGGUCAAGAUGACGUUGAUGAAGAUGAUGAUGAUGAUGAAGACGACGACAAUGAUGACCUUAAUGCAGAGGAAGAAGAAGAGGAUGAAGAAGAUGAAGAUGGGCAGACUGAGGACAGUAUAGCUGAUGAAGAUGAUGAAGAUGAGGGAGACGAUGAGGAAAUUGAAGGUAAUUGGUGACAUCUUUUCAUCUCUGUGAGAAAAUACUUGUAUAUACCAUCAAUAUUUGUCUGCCAACUCCAUCCCCACUGCUGUAAAUGUGUAAUUAUCAUAUGAUACUGGAGCCAUGCUGCUGGUAUGAGGCAUCCUUAUCAGUGGCUGCCAUGUGCAGAGGCCACGUACUGCCGCUUAUUUGCAGACUUUUUUUUUCUCCCUCGUUGGUGAUAGAUUCCCCUAAAAUGCAAAAGAGGCCACUCCUUCAAGUGCCCGCUGUGAAAAUGUAUGGUGAGUUAUGUGUGAGUUCACUGGAGGAUUUGGUGAAGUGUCCACCUUUUAUUUGUUUUAUGAUGUCAGAAUGUUUAAAAAAUAACCAAGGAAUUUUUAUUUAUUUUUUUUAUUUUUUUUAUUUUUUUUUUAUCCCUAUAUAUUUUUUUCCAUGAACUCAAGGCAUAUUCCAUGCAUCUUCUACUUAUACCACUCUUCCCAUAAGCCACCUUCUAGACUUAAUGGGGAGAUUUAUCAAGGCAUACCAUGUGUUUUUUUUUUUUUUUUUUGCUCUUAAAUAUUGAGCCAUCCUAUUAGAGUCCAAGGUGUCUGCUGCUUAUUUAGUGCUUUGCCCCAGAAUAGCGCCCAGUUUUGCCUUGAUAAAUGUCUCCUAAUAACACUAAUAUAUGGUUCUUUCCUGUAAUACUUUAUCUCUGCAUCACAUGUAUAAUUUCUGUGCGUUUUGCAACUCCAUGUCUAUUUUAUUGCCUUGAAAUGAAUCCCAAAUAUUGAGGUGGUCAAUUGGUCACUGUCUGACUUUGUAAAUGUAGUUUUAAUCUCCAGUGUAUUUGCACAUGCUCAGUGCAGGUCCUUGAUGAGAUGCUGUUAAGGUACACCCAUUUGCAGCUCAUAGUUUCAUAUAAGCUAAAUUAAUCUAUUCUUCAAAUAAUGAUCUCUGCUGCUAAUAGAGUACUCUACAGCACAAGGUCAGUAUUUCACUGCACUAUUCCUUCUGGACAGAAUCUAUACAUGGUGAGCCAUGGUGUGUAUUGGUUAGAAUGUAUUUUUUCCCCCUCAAGUAAUUGGCAUGUUAAUGCAAAUACUAUAAAUAUAACUCAUGCACAUAUGUGCUUCAAAAAAAUGCCCACGCAUGCCGCAUAUGCUAAUUUGGCUGUGGGUUAGGCACACACAUCUUCUCCAUUUUAGUGGGCAUCUUUUAAUUGGAGUAGGCGAUAUCCAGAUGUCUUAUUUUAUUCAUACAUUUGUUAAAUAAUGUCUAGAUUAAAGGGUUACUCCACACGUUUUCUUAAAAUUUAUUUUAUUUAUAUUCUUAUAAAAUGCAUUUCUCUCUAUAUAAUGCCCUAUUAGGCACUGUUUAUUAGGUGUCCCAACACUCCCUUCGUUUGCAAUAAAAGAGGGUGUUUUACUCACCUGGAAUCGGGCACCGAGCAUAGAUCCCGCCUCUAUUCAAUCCCACCAGGGCUUCACACAGUUCAGUUAAAGGCAUUUGAUUGGACUGCAAAUACAGCAAAAAAGUGUCAAAAAUUUUACAACUGUAAACUAUGAAAAAUUAAGGUAUAAUACAGUCUUAGUGAAAAUAAAUGAGGUAUUUACAUGUUCUGCUACAUAAAGUAGAAUUAUAAUAGGCUGUACAAAAGAAAGGGAGAUAAAGUAAGAGAUGCUAUCAAAUAUGUAUUACCACUGUACAGCCUAUGGGGCUGUAAAAUUGUCAAAAGCUUUGCGUAAAGUAUCCGUUUCCAGGCUCUAAGCAUAGCAACAUUGUUGCGAUUCUCCAGGUUAUUACUGACAGCUACACUGUCAGCUUUAUUGCUACAAUUACUACUGAAUACUUUACUCAAAGCAGGCUGUACAGUGGUAAUAGACAUUUGGUAGCCUCUCCAACUUACUGUCUUUAUGGUCCAAGUUUUCAGGCUAUAUCUCCCUUUCUUUUGUACAGCCUGUUAUCUUUCUACUUUAUCUAGCACAACCUGUAUAUACCUCAUUUAUAUUCACUAAGACUGUAUAUAUCUUAUUUUUCUUGGUUUACAAUUGUAAUAGUUUUGGAUUCUGUUUAUUUUUGAGUGAUUUUUGUCAUUUACUUUUUAUCAGUAUUUCUUAAAAUUUAAGUCUGAUCUUCCCAUGCUCUCUUUUGCUAUUUGACCUUUACACCUGAGCACUCCCCUUCAUCUUUUCCUUUGAUUUAUUGGUCUUUUUUGCUGGUUUGUAGAACAAAGGAAAGGGGGAAUUUUAAUUUAAAAAAACAAAACAAAAAAAACAAUAACAAUAUUCGUAGUUUCAGGAGGCAGGGAGGUCUGAAUGCAGUGAGAGAGGGGAGAAAAAAACAAUUGCAGGGAAGAAACGCAAAACAAAUAUACAAAAAUAACUCCUGUGCUCAAACUCUCACUACUCAUGGGUGGCAACGACUAUAGUACACAUCAGCUCCAAUACAUACAAUAAAAACAAAAGCAAAUAGUUAUUUGUGCACUAUCCUGAAUCCCUAUGAACAUUUAAAUAACUGGAGGUUUUUAGUAUCACUUCAGUGGACACUUUGAGUGUAAGCUCACCUGCCACGUCAAGGCAAACCUCUUAGGUGAGUCCUGCUCUAAUAAUUCACCCUGCUUCUUUCGGCUUGGUUAAAAAUCUUUAAUGAAAUAUAAAGGGGUAUUAUUCUAAACUCAUACUUAUUAGUUCUUAAUAGGGAACACAUGGGGUAGGCAGUAGCAUGUAACAUGGCUGUGUAAUACAAAAGCAAGGUGAAUUGUUAGUGUAGGACUCGCCUUAGAGGUUUGCCUUGAUGUGACAGGUGAGUUUACACCUGUGUCCCCUGGAGUGAUACUAAAACCUCCAGUUAUUUAAAUGUGCAUAGGGAUUUGGUAUUGUGCGCAAAUAACUAUUUUCAUUCAAAGACAAGGGGUGUAACUAGCGCUUGGCACAAAAGUACAGGUAUCACAGUAUGUGCAGAAAUGCUGCACAUACUGACUCCUACUACCAUGACCAAUUCUAAAAGCAGAAGUGGUCAUGGUGGUUGGAAUGACCCUAUAAAUAUAUACCUACCAGAUGGUGACGUUGUCAUAUAGCGUAUCCCUCCACUCUAAAUAUUUCUGCAGAUUCCGUUUGUCUUCCCUGUUUUUUAACGUGUUAGAAUAUGGUGUUUGAUCAAGUAUUUAAUGUACUCUGUUGUGCUUUGCUCCUUUAAUUCACAGAAAAUUCUCCUGUUCUUUUCUCUUAAAGCUCUUAUCUUUAAUAAGCAUUUGUACACCUUCAUUUGAUGUCUUCUAAUCAUGUUUUCUCUGUUAGGAGAUGAUGGCUAUGAACUGAUCUCAAGCGAUGAGGAUGUGAUUGCAGACUUUGAGCGUGAAGCAUUUAAGUACCCAAGCUUUGACAUUGAUUACACUCCUGAGGAUUUAGCCUCUGUGCCCACCAUGGCCUAUGACCCUUAUGAUAGGGAUUUGGGCCCGUUACUGUACUUUAGCUGUCCAUACAGGACUGCUUUUGAGAAUGAGCUCUACAGGCUUCAGGAGCAAGAUCUAGAAAAGGAAAGCCCUGAGGUUGCAGAAACUUCUGUUAAGCUCACACAACUUCUUGAACUGUAUCAAGAUGACAGAGGAGCAAAAUGGGUUACUGCUUUAGAAGAGGUACCCAGUCUUAUUGUGAAGGGAUUGAGUUAUUUGCAACUUAAAGAACCUGGACGCGAUCAUCUUAGUCAGUUAGUUGAUUGGGCAAUGCAAGCGCUGGACUUGCAGCUAGCUCUACAGCAGCCCAUAGCCUUAAAUGUCCGACAACUCAAAGCAGGCACCAAGUUGGUAUCCUCUUUAGCAGAGUGUGGUACCCGAGCUGUAGAAUUUCUUCUAAAUGGAGACAUCAUAAGCAAACUGUAUAAUUUGCUUUUUGCUGAGCAUGUAUCCUCCUCUUUAAAGCUGAAUGCUUUUAAAUCACUGGACAGCCUCAUCAGUACAACUGAGGGAAUGGAAGCCUUUUUAAAAAAUCCUUCUGUGCAAGGGAAGAGUGGUUACCAGAAACUGUUAGAACUCAUUUUACUGGAUCAAACUGUGAGGGUGUUCACUGCCUGCUCUGCUGUUAUUCAGAAAUGCCACUUCUAUGAAAUCAUUUCUGACGUGAAGAAAACUGGAAACCAACUUGCUGAUAGCACACUGCCUCUUCCCAGCUCCGAAGACACAGAAUCUGUCCUAGACCAUGAUGCUGAGGCUCAAAUAGAUAUGGAUAAUUUUCUAGAGGCCUCUAAUAUAAGUGAAGGAGACUUGGAAAAACUGGUUGGCUUUCUUAAUGAAAUUUUACAUCUUCUGGAAACUGCUCCUCAUGCCAUGAUUCAGCCACCUGUAAAAUCCUUUCCAACAAGUGCUCGGAUUACCGGACCAUCUGAAAGAGACGAUCCCUAUCCUAUCUUGUUUCGGUAAGAAGUCCUGCAAAUUUUGUCUCUUCAAAAAUUCAUGGCAAAUCACUGCAUAGUAAACCUAUAGGUAUUCACAGAGGUAGGUUUAAACAUGUAUUCGCCCCUCCUCCCCCCCCCCCCCCCCUAAUUCUGGAAGAGUAAUUUUUUUUUAUUUUUUUUUUUAAUUCCUCUUUGCCCUUGAAGGACCACUAUAGGCACCCAGACCACUUCAACUUAAUGAAGUGGUCUGGGUGCCAGGUCCAUCUAGGAUUAACCCUGCCUGCUGUAAACAUAGGGGUUUCAGAGAAACUGCUAUGUUUACAUUAGGGUUAAUCCAGCCUCUAGUGGCUGUCUCAUUGACCGCUGCUAGAGGCACUUCCGCGCUUCUCACUGUGAUUUUCACAGUGAGAAGACACCAGCGUCCAUAGGAAAGCAUUGAGCUCUUGCCGUGCAUGCGCAUUCAGCCGAUGACGUCGGAAAGAGGAGGAGAUUCCUGAGUGUCGAGAGAGCCCGGCGCUGGAGAAAGGUAAGAUUUUAACCCCUUCCUCCCCCUUUAGCCCGGCUGGAGGGGGGCCAUGAGGCUGGGAGGGACCUAUUAACACUAUAGUGCCAGGAAAACAACUUUGUUUUCCUGGCACUAUAGUGGUCCUUUAAUGGGACAUUAUGGGCACCAUAACAACUUUAUCGGAAUUAAGUUGUUUUGGUGCAGGGAGGUCCCAAGCACCUAUGUCUACCUUUUUUCACUCUCUCUUUUCUAAUUAGGGAGCUGCUGAUAGGCUGAGAGCAUCAGCUGAUGCUUUCUGACCAUAGGCGAAAGCACUUCCAAAGCAUCCUGAUUAAAGCCUCCAACAUUUAGUGGACGUUCGGAGGCAGAGUUGACAUGACUGGGACCUCCUUGCAUUAUAACAGCGACAUUCUGAUGAAGUUGUUAUGCUGCCUGGAAUGGUCCUUUAAGUCCAAUGAUGUUUUCAAUAAGUUAUUCUAAGGAUUCAGUUUACCUCUAGAUUCUGAUGUGCACAAGUAUUUAAGAGCAUCACACACAUUUAUUUGUCUGCUUUAAAUACAGUUAAAGAUCAAGAAAUAUGCUUGAUGGUAACGUGAUUUGUAAUUUCAUCAGGACUCACAAUUUCCCCUAGCCAUUGACGAGUACAAAUUUAGUCCAGGAGAUUAGAAAUUAACCCUAUAGUGAGCAUGUCUUGGACCCACCAGACCUCUAAUUUUUUUUUGUUAUACCUUUCAGGAAACAUCCAUACUCUACUCUGUCCCAAACAACUGUAAUUUUCACAUAAUAGGCCCACUAUUUUCUGUUACAAUAAAAAAAAAAAAGCGAGAGCUCUCUGGAUUUGACAGUGGCAGCUGUUUCUCAGCCAGAAGAAUAUAUUUGUUUUUGUAAAGGCAUAAAGUCUCAGGUUAAAAAGUACAGAAAAUUAAUUUGUCUCAAUAUCUGUGUUAUCAAGGUGACUACAGGCAAGUUUGAAUUUGUUACUCAAAGGUUACAUUUUAAAGGGACACCGUAGGCACUGUAUCUGCUUCAUCUCAUUAAACUGGUUAUAGUGUCUGGAGUCCUCUGGUACCAUCAUUUCUUUAAGCAUUUAACAGUUUUUAAACUUUUAAUGUUUUAAUGCUAAACAAGAGUACCCGGCAAUCCAUCCCCUCUGUGCUGCUUUGGCUAAUAAGGAAGUAUUAGCUUGAGCAGCAAUAGGCAGCUGUGAUUGGCUGAGAGUGUCAGCUGACUGCUUUAAGCCUGUCAGAGUUCCAACUGACGGUAUGAAUCGGUAUGACAACAAGGAAGUGUGUAAUCUCUGCCUUAGCUACACAUACUGAAGGGGCCGGACUGUGGGUGACCAGGGACUCUUAUUUUGUGGCAUACUGCACGAACAUGGUGCAACACUGAAUGGAGGGACAUUGCCAGGGCAUUCCAGGCACUAUAGCCAAUUCAAAGAGAUGAAAUGCUUAUAGUGACUACAGUGUCCCUUUAAGGGUUUAUUAAAAAGAAACAGGGAUUUUAGAGAACUAAAAAGGUGUUUGAAAAUCAAAGGCCAAAAUAGCUGAAUUAAAAAUAUCAGGUGUUUUUCAAUCUCUUUUUGAUGUAAGAUUGGCAGUGCCUGGUGAAAUGCACAAUUUAGAUGUUUUAGUUCCAGAGAUCCUCGCUAUUUAGUGCACUGCCUGAUUUUGACCUUAAAGCGGCACUUUUAUGCCGAACUUACCUUUCUUUAAUCGAUUCCUCUUCUCUUCCUCUGUCAGGAUCUGUUCUAAAUUUCUUCCUGUCUGCUCGAGUUUUCAUUAAAACAUAGGACAAAGUAGGGACUACUUUGUCUUAUGGAGGUUUCCUACAUUUGACCAGUGGAGGAACAAAGUGUGCUUCAUUUCCGGUGCUCAAAGCAAUUUCCCCACAAUUCUCACUUUUCCUCCGUGAAGCCUCCUUUCACUUUUCCCGAACAUCCUGUCACUAUUGCUGGCCCCUACCAGAGACGGAUGGGGCCCCUAAAUAACAAUAGGGGGGACCUAUUGUCUUCCCCCCUCGCCCCCACACCCCUGAGCGGCAGGUGAGGACCCUAAAUAACAAAAAGGGGGGCACCUAUUGUCCUUCCCCCUCGGCCCCCACACCUGAGCGGUGGGUGGGGGACCUAAAUUAAAUCCAUAAUACCCGUCGUACUUUGAAAAUAAAAUUAAAAAACCAAGCGCAAAAAAACAAAAACCCGACGCUAAAAAAAGAGGCUGUUCACGGUUUAGUAGACAUGCCCCUACUCACGAAAUAGUGAGUAGUGGCAGAAUUUACUAAUAAUAAGUAAUCUUUACUUAGUAUUAAUAAGUUUGGCUGAAAGACCUAUUUAGGUAUUUCAGUGUUUUGGUAGAUGGCUCCCUGAUACCGUGGGAAUUAGGGAGCUAUCUACUAAGCGGAUGCAAGAUGCAGCCGUGGCACGAAUAGGAUCGGAGUUUCAUUAAUUCAAAUGAAAUUCCGAUCCGAACAAAGUCCCGAAUUGCGUCCUAACGCGAUUGGAGAAACUGUUCAUAUUCUGUUGAUGAAAUUCGGUAUUUUCGCUGGCAUUCUGUCUAAGUGACAGGACGCUUAGGAAAAGUGAAAGGAGGCUUCGCGGGAACACGAAGGAAAGGUGAGACUAGUGAGAAAAUCGCUUUGACCACCGGAAAUGAAGCAUACUAUGCUAGUCAGCUGGUCAAGCGUAGGAAACCUUCAUAAGACAAAGUAGUACCUACUUUGUCUUAUGGUUUAAGGAUUACUAGAGCAGACAGGAAGAAAUGAACAGAUCCUGACAGAAGAAGAAAAGAGGAAUCGAUUAAAGAAAGGUAGCUUUGGCAUUCAGAGAACAUACAGUGUUUACGUUAGAACCUAUGAACACCUCCAGUGGCAGUCACUCAGACGGCCACCAGAGGGACUUCCGAGUCAAGUCCUGCCUGAUGUGCAGGACUCACGUUUUGACGUCUUCAUGCUAAGCUGAAGAAAUCAAACUUGCUAUCGGGACACAUGAGGCACUGUGAAUGCGCCUCCUGUGUCCUGUAGUGAACGCGGAGCCUGUCAGCAGUCAGAGCUGACAGUGUGCGAGAUAAAAAUCUCCUGCACACAUCAUCGGCUCGGGCUUACAGGCAGGAGACGGAGACACAGCAGGAGGAUCCAAACCAUAAGUACACUUAUUUUAAAAGUGAGUGUGAGAGCGCAAGUGUGUGAGAGAGUGGCUGAGAAUGUGUGUGUGUGUGUGUGUCAGUCGGAUAGAUGGAUAGAUAGAGAUUAUGGAUGCACCGAAAUUUCGGUUGCCGAAAAUUCAACCCUUAUUGUGCCUGGUUAGUAGCGCACAAUGCCCCACAGCCGGUUACAGCUUACAUUCAGGGUGCAGAAUUUAGACAGCGGAGUGAUCUCCGCUGGCAGCUCCUCCUGCUCAUUCCCGGACAGAUUCAACACCCUCAGGGCCUUCAGCUUGCCGGGAGCCGGGGGGAUGCUCUGCAGCUUAUUGCGGCACAGCACCAGGCUCUGCACGUGGGAGAGGAGGCCCAGACUGUCUGACAGCUCCGGCAGCUUCAAGCACCCACUCACCUCCAGGUAGUUGAGGGAGAGGGUGAAGAAAGCCGCGGGGAGCUGGGCUCCACAUGCCGGACCCUGGAGUACCAGCUCCAGGCGCUUCUCCUUUUCUAUCCCUGGUCCGGCCACUGCUCGCUGACUGCCACCAUCUUUACGCUCAGACCCGGAAAUACUAGAGCGGACAAUCUGAACCUAGCAUACCUGAAAUGCUUCCAGGAGAUAGGAGUGGGCAAAAUUAGCCUGUAAUAUGUGUCUGUCUGUGACUGAUAAUCCACUCUAGACAGUAUGAUCACAGAACACAUAUACCUGAAGAGCAAAAAAUAAAUAAGUACUAGCCUUAUAAGGAUACUCCUCUACAAAGUUACAGCUGUAAAUAUCCGUAGACCUCCAAAGUAGUGCUUAAAAACGUAAGUACGUGAGCUUUAUUAAAAAGGCUUGUUUUUAGCACAGAAACUGUCCCCUCGUAUACAGACAAGAGAUUAAUCUGGAAGGUAGAGAGGUUAAAACAUAAAAUAUAUUGGAGGUAGCCAGAGGUACAAGUCUUUGGUCUUACCUCCAGUUUCCCCUGGCUACCUCCAACGUAUUUUAUGUUUUAACCCCUUGUCUACCUUCCAGAUUGAUCUAUUGCAUUUGGGGAAAAAAUUCGUUUUCGGCCAAGGGAAUCCUGAAUUUUCGGUAGAUGGAUGCAUGAAUAGAUAGAGAUGGAUAGAUAUUGAUAGUGUUUGUGUGUGUGUGUGGUUACAAUAUUUAUUUACAAUUAGUGUGAUGCUUCUCGAAAAAUGAGACGUUUCUUGCCGAGGAUCUCGGCCCUGGAACAGAGGUAAGUUUUAAUGAUAAAAAGCACUCAAAUUGAUUUUUUUUAAUGGCAACAAAGAAGGCUAGAGGACCUGUCUUUCUUGCUUUUAUAGUUUGACUAUAGUGCUCCUUUAAUAAAAAAAUAUAUAUAUUUUUUUUGUAGUUGUAGAUCCCAUGUAUUGUGUGCUUCUCUCCUCCCAGGUACCUUCACAGCCAGCAGUUUAUGGAGUCUGCCACAUUGUUCCUCUCUCUUCCUGCAACUAGUUGUCAUCCUGGAGUGGUAAACGCCCUUAGGGAAAUACUCCGGUUUCUGACACAGUCACAGAAAGGUCUUCUUUUCCUAUUAUUUGAGAAUGAGUCAACCAACCUUAUAGCCAGAGCACUUUGCCAGGCCUCUGAGCAGGACCAAGAGGAGAAUAUACAAUCAGAUGCAAGUAGUGAGGACCCAUGUGCUCUUUGGCUCCUGCAUGCCACGCAGGCUCUGCAGUACAUCUCUGAGCUCUUUCACCAUUUCCAGCACUGUGAAGCCAGUGAAGAGGCUGACCAUGCCAAUCUCCUGGGAAUCCUGCACAACCUUUACCUCAUCAGCUUCAACCCCAUCGGGAGGUCCGCUGUUGCCCAUGUCUUUAGCCUUGAGAAGAACCUGCAGUGUCUCAUAACUCUCAUGGAGUUUUGCUCUAAGGAAGCUCUUGGGUAAAUAAUCCAGUCUAAUGUUUAUUUGCUUUUUACAGCCUGCAAUGCAUUGGAGAGAUUUUCCUCCUACACUAUUGUAUUUCUUGGAACAAGUAAUAUAUAUCUAGAUAGGUAUAAAGAGAUACUCGGUCUAUUACAUUUUAAGUGUAACCUCCAGACCUCACAGCCAAAAUGAUGUGUUAAAUAUGCAAUUAAUAAAACCACAGCCAAUAGUUAUCUUUUGCUAUCUAUCUGUGAGGAUCUGUGAUUGUUACAGCUCCACAUAUAGUGUAAAAUAUAUAUUUAUAUGUAUAUUUAGCAAAUUAACCUUCUUUUUCCAGAGAUACAAAAUCCAAGAAGUCUGUUGCCUAUAACUAUGCCUGUCUGCUUGUACUGCUGGUGGUCCAGACUUCUAAUGAUGUACAGACAUUGGAAAGUCAUUCUGCCUCUCUUCUGAAGCUUUGCAAGGCAGAUGAAAAUAAUAUAAAACUGCAAGGUAGGUGUUGGCUUUCAUAUGCUUAUGUUUUUAGAAAUUACUCAGAAUAUCUCAUGGCCUGUGUAGGCACCUGGCAGCCAUGUUGCAGAUGUUAAGGAUAAGCUUGUAGCCUAGUAAUAAAGAAAUAAAUAUAGACCUAUUCACGAUUAAAAUCUUGUUGGUUUUAUUUACUAAGCCAAGAGUUGUAAGGAAAUCUUAACGGGACAUUAUAGGCACCAGACCACUUAAUUGCGGUGAAGUGGUCUUGGUGUCAUGUCCCUGUAGUAUUAACACUACAUUUGUUUACAUUGUAGUUUUUAAAUGCCUCAUGCUUAGUCACUAGAGGCACUUACACAGAACUAGCAGAGUAAACCUUUGCAGUGUGGCAUUUUGCGCACUUGCCUCCUAAUGGUUUCCUACAGAAAGCAUUUGAUUGGCAGAGAUCGUAGAUCUUGAUUACCUUAUCCAAGGAGGCAAAACUGCAGCGCGGCAAGGGAUAAAAAAUUAUUUAAAAAUACAUUUUCACUCCUUGAGAGGAGGCAGGCGACCUAAAUGUUUAGCAAGGCAUUACAACGUUAGUAAUGCACAUUUGUGUUAUUAAUGCUAUAGUGUUCCUUUUUAAGGUCUAAUCAAAAUGGAAGUUUGGAGGGUUUUUCUAAUCCUGCUAUUUUGUACAAGGAGCCAUUUGUUUUGGGAUACCCUUCUCUUCUCACUUGAGGCUUUUUAAUACUGUUACAAAUGAAAUACACCAAUCAGUAAUUAGACGAACAAGGAAUUAUUGCUUAAUUGUUCCUGAAUGUUUCACGUAAUAGCAUGACCAUGAUAAUGAAAUUGACAUUUUUUUAUUUAUUUUUUUAAAUUCCUUCACAAGAAUUGUGUGUAUAUUGUGCUUUAUUAAAAUUUUGUCUAAAUAGUGCCCUCAUUUUCUUCUAAUAGAGCUUGCCAAAUGGUUAGAACCAUCAAAAAGUAUUCGAUUUGAGAUAAACUGCAUCCCUGGCCUGAUUGAUUAUAUAAAGCAGGUGAGUAUGUUUUUUAUGGUGACUGGCACUUUUGACCAGCAUGGUCGUUCUAACUAUUUUACUGUAUAACCUUCUAACAACAGAUGAAUCUCACACUGUGUGGGAUUUACAGCCUGGCUCAUAUUCUGUGUAGUAGAUUGCCUAUAUUCAGAAACUGAAGCAAAUCCACAAUAUAUACACUGCCCAGCAGAAGGGAAACAUCAGAAAGUUCUCCCAAAAAACAUUUAGCAUAGAAUAGGGCAGUGCUUCUCGCUAACUAAUGAUCAGCAUAAAGGAAUAGUGUCCAGAUCUGGUAACCUUAUGGAGAUGGGGAUGUGUGUAUAAGAUUUUGAGAAGGGUAUUGAGAAUGCGGGAAAGUUUAAAGGGUAAGAGUGUCUUUGAUCAGAUGCUCUCUUAACAAUCUGUUCUAUAAAGAUCCUAAUCUAAAGUGGAUUGAUCCAAUCCGUUCUGGACUGCAUAGAGCUGUGAAAGCUAGCUCAAAAGUACACUUCAUAUUACCGUAAGAUAUUUAGUUGCCAGAUUGUGAAGAUGACAAAGUGUAACAUUUAAGUGAAAAAAAAAAAUCUCAGGCCCUCACUGUAAUCGCUUCCAGGCAGAUUUAUUGCAACGUUUUGACCUGUAACCAGGUCUUUAUCAAGCUUGAUAAAGGAAGCGAUCACAGUGAGUGCCUGAGAUUUUUUUUCACUUAUACGGAUUCCUUGGGGUUUGCUGACCCAUGCUCAGUAGCACCCUGCGUUAAAUAACUUGUGACUGAGUGCAACCCUCCCUUUUUUCUAAAGUGUAACAUUUAGUCCUUAAAGGGUUAAUGAAUAUACUGGUGGUAUGCGUAGGCUACACCAUGAAAGCAUUAAAAGACAGGUUACUGAGCUUAAUCAAGACAUGAUUAUCGUUUUCUGUUCAACAAACUGCAGUGUAACUUGCUCAGAUUGACAGUCAUAUGUGUGACUUCUUAGAUUUUAUACAAAGUCCUGCCUUAAAUGACUCCUAUUCUCAUAUGCAUGCUGUAAAAAUAAAAACGUUUUCGUGGUGUUUACAAUUCUGUAAAAGUUAAAAAAAAAUUCAAGUUACUUUUUAAAAUUGCGAGUGUGCAGUUGAUUUGUAGAUCAUAUCUUUUUAAAUUGUAUUUAUGAAUGUAUGACAUUUUCUUUCUGAGGUCAAAGCAGUACAGAUAUGUAUUUAUUACUGUGCAUUAGUAAUUUCUAUGGGGGGAAAAUCCAUACAUUCUUAAAGAACCAACUUCAAUUGAGCUGAAAAUUAGAAUUUUCGCUCAUUAACUCUUUUAUAAUGAGAGGCUUAGCACACCCUUUUAUAUCAUUACAUUCCAAGCCUGUUACGCAGUGAUUAACCAUUGACUAAUAUUUACAUCUGGUAGAACUUUGAAGGCUUCAUGCCAAUGGGUCUUGUACAGAGUUCUGCAGUCAGUGCCAGGAGAGUUGGCAAUCUGUCAGAUUAGGGAAUUAAUUUGUUUUUUACAAUCCAGCAUUUUGUCAAAGAUUCAACAACAUAUAUCAAUAGUGAUGUCACGAACGGUUUGCCACGGACUCCAGUCAGCUGACACAUUCCAGCCAAUCAGCAGCAUUCUUAGUGAGCUGUCCAGGAGGUGGGAGGGUCUGGGAGGGAGGGUCUGCUGCUGAUUGGCUGGAAUGUGUCAGCUGACUGGAGUCCGCGCGAACCGUUCGUGCCGAACAGUUCACGAACCGUUCGGGACAUCACUAUAUAUCAAGAAUACUUAUAGCUAUGGCUUCUUAAUACUGUUUUAUAAUUCUAGUUCUGUGAUACAGGCUGUUUGUUUUUUUUGUCUUCCUUUUUAUGUAUAGAGCUUUAUUAUGCCUGACUAUUUACUUAUUUUCUUGUAGAACUUGGACAACCUGAUGACACCGGAAGGUGUUGGUCUCCUGACUGCUCUUCGAAUUCUUUGUUAUGUUGCAUGUCCUCCUAAUCCUGUUGAAGGUAAUUGAUAAUCAGACAUGUUGUUUGUCUAUUCUUGAGUUUAAAGGGGUUUGGCUUCUAAACAGUACACAUAGUUUAUAUAUACCAACAAUGUAAUUUGUAAAUGCCUUCUCUAUUUGUUACUGAAAUGUCCUUGGUUGAAAACAAAUGUGGUCAUGCUACAUAUAGGUCUUUAAAAUGUGCUUCGCUUACUGCACAACUGCUGUGUUUUUCACUGUUCCAAUCUGCUAAUUGCAAGAACUCCUACAUAAUGCAUUUACGAUCUGUUUUUGACAUCGCAGGCCAGCAGAAAGACCUGAAAUGGAACCUUGCUGUUAUUCAACUUUUUUCUGCUGAAGGCCUGGAUACUUUCAUCCGUAUCCUGCAGAAGCUAAAUGGUAUCCUUAUCCAACCAUGGAGACUUCAUGUCAACCUUGGAACCACACUCUACAGAGCUAUCACCAUUUCCGUGGCUCGUUGCACUCUUACUUUACUUAAGACCAUGUUAACUGAACUUUUGAGGGGUGGUUCCUUUGAGUUUAAAGACAUGAGGGUCCCAUCUACCCUAGUUACUUUGCACAUGUUGCUGUGCUCUAUCCCCCUCUCUGGAAGGCUGGAUGGAGAGGAGCAGAAGAUCCAGGGUGAUAUAAUUGACAUCCUGUUGACUUUUACCCAAGGCGUUAAUGAACAGCUGACUAUAUCAGAGGAAACAUUGGCCAAUAACACUUGGUCUUUGAUGCUUAAAGAAGUUCUUUCUUCUGUCUUAAAAGCUCCAGAAGGCUUUUUCUCUGGUCUUAUCAUACUAUCAGAACUUCUGCCCCUACCGCUUCCCAUGCAAACCACCCAGGUAAUGUGACAUUUUGUUUCUUUUGUCAUAUAUAUAUUUUUACUCUGUGUAUAUGUGGAAGCUGAUGUAUUAAACAGAUACAAAUCACCAUCAUGCAAGCAGACAUGUCAUGCAAUUUUUGUUACUAAAAAUAUGAAAAAUUGUUCUCUAUAUUUUUAAAACCAUUCAUAUUUGUUCAUUGUAUAUGCUGAAUUUUACAGAGUUUUUACUGCUCUAAGUGUAGCUAUGGAUACUGAGAAAGUGUACAUAAUGGGACGUGUGUAGAAAUUGACAGUUCAUACAAGCAUCUAUUAUUUGCUCUCUACGUGAAGAUUUCAAGUUCAGCUGCCAACCUCUCUGAGUAGGUCAUGUGUUGCCUUUCAGCUUAUUGAACCCGGGGAUGUUGCAGUGGCCCUAAACACUAGAAAACUAUGGAGUAUGCAUCUACAUGUGCAUUCAAAGCUUUUGCAGGAUAUUGUGAGGGCCAUUUCUGGGACAUCUUGCCAACCUCUGCAGCAUACUAUCAGACGCAUCUGCAUCCAGCUAUGUGAUUUGGCUUCACCUACCGCUUUGCUGAUCAUGCGGACAGUACUGGAUCUGAUUGUAGAAGAGCUUCAAAGGUAUUGUAUUCAAUUCUUAUGGAAUAGGCAAGUUAGGAAUGUGUUUAUUUUAACUCCACUUUCUGAUUGUUCAUGGCAAUUGAGCAUAAUGGAUAAUUCUGUGCUGUGCUACUCCAUCCUGCUUCACAGUGCGGUAGCAACUUUGUUGAAAGACUUUUUUCUUUUCAUAUCUGAUCAUUUUUAUUCAUUUUUUUUUUCUCCUCAAACAUUCUUCCUCUGUCAGUUAUGUAUUAUAAUAGAUAAUGUAUAUUUUAUGCUGUUGUCUUCUAUUUCACAUACUAUUGUUUCAGUGGUCCAGAGGAGAAGGAAAAGCAGUUUAUUGGCCAGACCGCUCGUCUGCUUGCUCUCCUCGAUUCGCUGGCUUCUUACAGAGCAUGCAAAGUGGCCAUAUUACACCUGAUAAAUGGUGGCAAAGGGGAUGAGCGCUACCUUGAACUUUUCCAGGAACUUCUGACUCUGAUGAAAUCUUCCAGCGACAACAUCAUUCAACAACAGUGUGCGGAAUAUGUAGCAUCCAUUGUGCAAUAUCUCUGUGACCAGGUACGUUAAAAUAAACUUAUAGGCAUAUACUCGCAUAAUAUUUUUCUACAACGGUUUUCUUGGACACAUGUUCGUUUGUAAUGUUCAUGUUAGGCUCUGUGUAGUAGGUUAUUUUUUUUUUUUUUUUAUACAUAUAUUUUAUUCAGGUGGUAUAUUUAAUUAUUGGUACCAUAUUCCAAAAUGGCAAUUACAAAUUGGUUUUAAGUUGUCAUACUAAACCGUUUUAAAAAGUUUUUCUUUUUUUUUUCGUCUUAUUUUAGGAUAUUGCUCUUAUUUUACCAAGCUCAAUAGAGCUAAAUGUGUCAGAGUUGGACCGACUUUCCAAUUCUUUACCAAGUAAAGAUAUCCUGCCCUCCAUCUGUAACAGCUUGAUAGAGGCUUUAAUCAACAGUGACAGCAGUUUUACCUCUCUACUCACCUGUGUCAGAACCAUGAUGUUCCUUUCAGAACACGACUAUGUUUUUUAUCAUUUGAAGAAGUAAGUUUACCAUUAGAAGUCAUAUUGUUUAAGAUGCCAAAGUUAGAAAAUAAUGCUCCUGGUGUUGGUAUAAAAUAGUCUGUGCUUUUUUAUGUGCAUGCAAGUUCUUCCUGUGUGGUAAUAUCAGAGCCAAAGCUUUCAGUCUUCUAGGGUGUUUAACUGUCGCAUGCUGCUUUUAACCCCUUAAGUACCAGCCCAGCCUUGUAAUGCAUACAUGCUGUCCAUAAAAGGCCAGUUAUGUGGGUAUCACAUUGUGUACUCUGCAGGGCUCUCCUUAACAUCUCUGUCGUUUUUAUUAGUAAUUGGGUUAAAAUAUGUUCUAAAGAGCAGAACUGUCAGUGCAAAUAGUCCUGUCACUUAAAGGGCAACUUUCAUUAAAAAAAAAAAAAGAGAGAGAGAGUUUCUUUCAGUAUUAGCUUUGCUUAUAUGAAUAGAAAUAUGCAUGUCACAGAUAUAGGCAUUUCAUAGUUUGAGGGGAACAAUUAAUGGGAGGCAGUGGCUGAUAACGAUGCCAUAAGCCUGCCCUGCUUCCUCAAUCGCACAGAACAAGGAGCGAUAACGUCACCGUCCUGUGCACAGGAUGAACUGGGGUUCACCAUCAAGGCAAUACUCUCAGGUGAUUGCUCUGUUCUGUUGUUUGAGUCUAUAAAUUGUGGUUGAUUUCUAGGAGAUUGUAAAGUAUAUUAAUGUAUACUUACUUUGCAAAAUACUCUGCCACAAUGCAAUAUGUGCGGGAAAAUAUAUUGGAAUAAACAACAAGCUUUACUACAAGCUUUGGCAACAAUUUGUGCUAAACAAGUAGACCCGUAGUACCUUGCAUGAAAUGAUCUGAAUAGUAGCAAAUGCUCAGAAGAACAAAUGUAUUACUCUUUGUUAUUACCUUUGUUAUCUACAAUAUUUUAGGCAAACCGAGAAGAAACAAUGUUCAUGCUAAACGAUUAUAUAUUAUAUAUAUUUAUCUGGUAUCAAACAAAAGUCCCAUCUGUCCUCUCAAAAAAAAUACAUUUCAAAAAGUGGCUAAAGAAACAUAUAAAAAAAUGUUUUGGAUCUAAUCUACCUGAAGUUAAAAAAGUUAAGGUAGAGAUGAGACCAUUUUUAAACUAUUUAAAAUUACCUCAACUUUCAAAGUCAAAGCUGGAAGUGUUAAAUAAACCCCUUUCAAUACUUGAAAUCUCUAAUGUAAUAUCUCAUUUGAAAUUUGGCAAAGCCCCUGGUCCAGAUGGGUUCUCAGUGAUAUUCUAUCAAGUCCUGGAAACGGUCAUUUCCCCCUUACUGACUCGUUUGUUUGCCUAAAUAGGCAAAACUUUGUCUUUUCCUUCCAAAAUGUUGGAGGCUACUAUAUCUCCAAUUUUAAAACGAUCCAAGGACCCUGCGAGUGUUUUUAGUUAUAGAUUUAUAUCCCUGAUCAAUCUGGAUAUUAAAAUUUACUCAAAAAUAUUAGCACAGAGAUUGAAUAUGAUAAUGCCAGAUUUGAUUCAGACCAAUCCGGCUUCAUGUUUGGUAGAUCGGGAGAGGAUAACACUCGCAGGGUUCUUUUCCACUGUGACAAUCAAUUUCACUUUGUGUUGUGCAAAUGGGAUAGACAACAGGUGGAAAUUAUAGGCAAUUAGCAAGACACCCCCAAUAAAGGAGGGGUUCUGCAGGUGGUGACCACAGACCACUUCUCAGUUCCUAUGCUUCCUGGCUGAUGUUUUGGUCACUUUUGAAUGCUGCGGUGCUUUCACUCUGGUGGUAGCAUGAGACGGAGUCUACAACCCACACAAGUGGCUCAGGUAGUGAGCUCAUCCAGGAUGGCACAUCAAUGUGAGCUGUGGCAAGAAGGUUUGUGGUGUCUGUCAGCGUAGUGUCCAGAGCAUGGAGGCGCUACCAGGAGACAGGCGAGUACAUCAGGAGACGUGGAGGAGGCCAUAGGAGGGCAACAACCCAGCAGCAGGACCGCUCCCUCCGCCUUUGUGUAAGGAGGAGCACUACCAAAGCCCUGCAAAAUGACCUCCAGCAGGCCAUAAAUGUGCAUGUGUCUGCUCAAACGGUCAGAAACAGACUCCAUGGUGGUAUGAGGGCCCGACGUCCACAGCUGGGGGUUGUGCUUACAGCCCAACACCAUGCAGGACGUUUGGCAUUUGCCAGAGAACACCAAGAUUGGCAAAUUCGCCACUGGCGCCUUCUGCUCUUCACAGGUGAAAGCAGGUUCACACUGAGCACAUGUGACAGACGUGACAGAGUCUGGAGACGCCGUUGAGAACGUUUUGCUGCCUGCAACAUCCUCCAGCAUUACCGGUUUGGCAGUGGGUCAGUAACGGUGUGGGGUGGCAUUUCUUUGGGGGGCCGCACAGCCCUCCAUGUGCUUGCCAGAGGUAGCCUGACUGCCAUUAGGUACCGAGAUGAGAUCCUCAGGCCCCUUGUGAGACCAUAUGCUGGUGCGAUUGGCCCUGGGUUCCUUCUAAUGCAAGACAAUAAUUCAUUCAGAUCUAGGAUGUGUUAAUUUUGUGUUCCCUUUAUUUUUUUGAGCAGUGUAUAUACAUAAAUGGGAACAGGAAGGUAUAAUUUCACUACAUAUGCAUGCUUGGUUAAAAGCCUGGCAAAUUACCAGAAAAGCUACCCAUUGCAUCAGUGUUCAGGAACAAUAUUAUAAAGUAACUCAUCGUUGGUAUCUUAUUCCAGAUCAGUUAAACAAAUUUGCCCAUGUACAUACUAAUGUUUGUUGGCGUUGUAAUAAUGGAAUUGGCACUCAAUAUCAUAUUUGGUGGGAGUGUGACUCACUGAAGGAUAUCAAAAUAAAACUAAUGGGAAUCUUGAGAAAACUGCUUGAUGAUUCGUAUGAACUACCAUCUCACACCUUUCUUUUUCAUAUAGAUUUUCCUUCUGAAGAUCAUUUAUCCCAUUAUCUAUACAGUAAUAUUUUUCUAGCAAUUAAAAUCGGCAUGGCUAGGUACUGGGGAAAACAGUUACUUCCUAAGUGGUCUGCGAUUUUGUCUCAAAUAUCUUAUCAGGCAUCUUCAGAAAGAUACUUUUACAACAAAACUCCUCCAAUGUUAGAGAAAUAUACUAAAAUAUGGUUUCCAUGGUUUAUGCUCUCGAACAAUGUAUGAUCUGUGGAUUCAGGUCCCUGUCUAUUAGCCUUAAUCUAAACAUUUAUCCCUGUCGCCCUCUCAUGCUCGAUGUUCUUAUUUACUAGCUAAUCAGACUCAGUGAUUCAGGCUCUGUUAUUGGUCCAAUGCUCAAUUCCCUUACAAUAGCAGUUGUUCGUUUUUUGUAUGUUCUUUUUUUUUUUGCUUUCUUUAUGUGUGUUUUUGUGGCAUGUAUGAUUAACGCUAAAUUUCAGAAUAAUGCUCACCUGACUGAUCUUUGUCAACGAUUAUAUUACCUUUGUUUUUACGUGAAAGCAUGAUUCCUCCGUAAAGAUUUAUAAAUAUAAAAAAAUAAAUUUUUGAGGACAGAUGACUUAAAGCUAGAGUUUGCAAAAUGCUCAAAGUUGGCAGGGCAUUGGUAGGGAAAAUUUGCUUCAAGAUUCCAAGGGUCAAGUUUCACAUGGAAUAUAUGUAUAUCUCUAAAUUAGGUUCUUAUUUUUUUGUAUAUCAAUAUUUUAUGAUCUUGAAUGAUGCAUUCGGAUGCUCCCAUAACAUGCAUUCUACAUCUUCACAGGACAAAGGAUUUAACCAUGUUUUACCCUCUCCAUAGUUCUAUCCGGCGACACAGCAAUGCAUUGCACAUCCUAUUGAAACGCAUUUCUUGUGGCUUUGGAAAAGACACUGGUGAGCUGGCAUCUUUAUUCCUGGACUUCAUGAGACAAAUCCUGAACUCGGAUUCCAUAGUAAGCAAUUUUUUUUUUUUUUCUUUUUUUUUUUUAAUACAUGAUUUGUCAUCCUACUGAAUGCUAUGUUGUACAGGUGUGCAUGUAUUGAACUUAGGAGCCAACUUGAACAUAAAUGAAAUAUGCUGCUUCAUUGGAAUGCUAUAUAUAAAAUUCCUAGACCGCUUUGACUUCUUAAAUUGGUCUCUGUGAUGAGCUGUUUCCUUCAAUGUGAAUUUUCACUUCAUGGCUAUAAAAUGUACUGCCUAUCAAUAAAACCUACAAUAAUUCCUAGGAAAUUAUAAAUCCCAUUUUUUAGAAGAUAUUUUAUUUUGAUACUAUCUAAAAUGAGUUUAUUGGGAUAUAAAUCCCUUCUUUUUUUUUGUGUAGGCAGGUUAGAAAAGUUCCCAUCACACGUCUCUUUAGGCAGCAUUAAUUAAUUCUGCACAUUCUUCCUGUUGCAGAGCGUAAUCUUCUUUGGUGACCGCUAUCACCGACACACGUAUGACUACAUCUAUAAUUUAUUUGCAUCAUAGUAUAUCUUAUUACAGUGGUAUUUAUUGAUGGUUGUACAUUGAAUAGUAAGUUACAUUAUUUGAAAGUUUUGUUUCUACAUGUGUUUAAUCACGCUGUCAAACCGUAAAUCAGAACCUUCUUUGUGAGAUAAAACUGGUUAAUUAUGUGUUUUUGCUUUUAUUUUUAUUAUUGAUUGUAAAUGUUGUGUUCAGUUGUUGAUAUCUUGGUAGUCAAUUUAGAAAAAUUGUUGGAUGAAAAUUUUUCAAAGUGUAAAAACCAAUAGGCUUGUCAAUAUGAUCCUGGAGAAGCCUGGUAACUAGGUUCCUUUUGUUAGGUAAAGCAGUUUGUAGCCAGUCUCCAAGGAGCAUAGUAAACACCCAGCGCACACCAGUUCAAUUAUCCAAAAACUUUAUUCCUCCUUAAAAAUCACAAGACACAUAACAGGGGACAAAGCCAUAAACCGAGACCUAAACACAUUUCUACAAAUUGCUUCACUAAUCACACUAUCAACACACAACGUAAUCAAUACCAGUACCAGCAUAAGCUUUAUUUUGGUUAAUGAGUCCACUAACCAGAACCUUCUCUUUCUUUCAUAGAAGCUGUAGAAAGAAACAUGCACAUAGUCUGGGUAUAAAAUUAACCUUGCCUCUCUACUCUACUAUGCACAUUUAUAGCUUUAGUCCAUUCUGACAAAGCUUUUACUGGAAUUUACUUUAUAGAUUUAGAAAUGUUUAAUUUAAUGUGCUUGUUUGUGUAUAACAAUAUUGGAAAAAGAGGAAAAACAAACAAACAAAAACAUAUAGGUAGAUUAAAGGCUCAGUAUAUCCUCUCUUUCCAGCCAGUUGUGGGUGAAAUGCAGUUUUGGAAUUCUGAUUACAGAAACUUAGUUGACCUAUUUUUGUACUCUUGUUUUUCAGACUUGUGGUGAAGAAAGUGGAAUGAUGGAAGUAGACUCUUCUCAUCCUUCCAAGACAAUGGGACUCAGCCCUGCGGAGUUAAAGCACUUACUCACCAACAAAGAAGAGCCUGUAGAGCGCUUGUUCUUGGAUUUGGAAAAAGUUGUUUUGGUAGGCCAGAAUUUCCUGUGACGUCUAACUAUACAAAACCUGUUGUGGUUGAGAUUACAUUUCUUGUAUUCCAGUUGAUAAUUACUUUGCUGCAAAAAAAAACGCAUAUGAGAGCUCUGAUGAUAGGCAAAAGCUCAUAAAAUCCUCAGUAGCUUGCACUUUGGUUAGUCCAUUGUAAAUAAGAAGCCCAUUGUGUAAAUAUUGUGGCGUUUUUUUGUAAAUAACUUGUAUUUUUUUUUAAUUCUGCUCAUUCUUGCUGAGUAAUAAUACUAAUUCUUGCUGUUUUUACCUAGGACCAAUGUAAGGAAGAUGACACCUUGGAGACUUUAUUAGACAGUAUAGGCAGUUUUAGAAAUAUUUUGGAGUCCGCUAAAGAUCCAGUGCCACUCGGUGAUCAAGAUGUAGAACCUGUGCUGCCCCCAGCGGACUCCCUGCAAAAUCUGUUCAACAACAGGUAAUUCCAUGACGUUGUUUAUAUGUGAUUGAGUUUUGGGACUUCCCUGCCACAAAAACUCCAAGUAUUUCAGAGCUUCAUGGACAGAAAGGAGAUUAUGAAAAUUUUACUUCUUUUGCAAACCCAUGUGAGUUACUGGGCAAAAAUAGCUUUCCUUUUAAUACUGUAUUCUUUCUGACCUCUGUUUCAGGACCGUAUAUAUAUUGGCUGAUGUAAUGGAUGAGCAACUGAAAUCUUUGUCAUUUUCACCAUUCCAGCCUGAUGACGCAGAUGCAGAUUUAGACAUGGUAUGGGCCUUCUCUUUUCACCUGUAGUAGUAUAAGAAAAGCCAUUUAGAAUGUUCAGUAUUGCGGUGUUCUAAUUUAUAUAGCUUUAAAAUAGAAUGCAGUGAUGACUGGUAAACCAUAUCAUUGGUUAGUGUGGCUCAUACCUGCAAAUGCACUCUAAGACCGUAAUGGUUAGUGUUGGCCAUUUCAAAUGUUUCUGAAUUAUUUCUUCAUGAUACUGAGUUAGUCUUAAAGGUUGCUGAGAAUCAUACAUGCUUUAGUUAAGAAAAGUAUGGGAAUCAUAGGUUAACCAGCACUAAUUUAGAUGGCUCAAAUUGUUUUCUCAGUGUAACCAUCUUUAAGUUAUGCUUGCUUUCCAACCACUCCAGUGGACCUCUCAAAAAUAUGAAUCCUUAUGCCAGUUAUUAGUACCACUAGGCUCAAAGGAUUUUUAUGUAGACAUUUUAAGCUUGGCUUAGAGUUCAUUAAAAAUAUUUAGAUUUUUUUUAAUCUACUAAAGUAAACCCCACACAAAGGACUAGACUUUGAAUAGCUUCUCAUUAUAAUCUCAGUUAAAAAAAUAUUAGUAUUUAUUUAACCAUGCCUUCUUUUGCAAUGAUUGCUGAUUGAUGUGCAUGUCUGCAGUUUUAAUUGUAAGGUGGCCUUUGUAUUUGUUGUUAUGCUUUUUUAAUUAAAUUUAGCAUAUGUCUUCAUUACAGGUGAAAGUUGACUUAAUUGAUCUCUCUGGCAAAUGCUGUAGUGAGUUUGACUUAAAAGGAGAGUUGGAAAGAUCGUUUUUGUUGGAGCCAUCUUCACCUGGUCGGACAAAGACCACAAAGGGUUUUAAACUGGGAAAACACAAGCAUGAAACAUUUAUUACAAGGUGACUUUCUGUGAUUGUUAUUACUUUGUCAUUUUCACUUGGAUACACAAGAACACACACAUUCACCGCUUGUUGCCUGAAGCCUUUGUCAAGCAGCAAAAGCUUUCUUCUGCAAUCACGUCUGCAAAAAAGUAUUCUUGUUUUAUCAGUCAUAUGUUAUCUUUUUGAUUUGUGUCUUACAUUUUUAUUACAUUUUUGUUGCCUAGUCCAGACUAAACAGUGGGAAAAGGUUACAUUUUCUCAAUAUCCUAUGUGUAUAUAAUUUCCUUUUAUUUCCAUUUCAUAGUGGAAAGUCUGAGUACAUUGAGCCAGCAAAAAGAGCCCAUUUUGUUCCUUUGCCACGUGGAAGAGGCCGAGGUGGAUUUGGACAGGGAAUGCGGCCACAUGAUCUUUUCCGUCAGAGGAAACAGAACACAAGCCGGCCACCUUCCAUGCAUGUGGAUGAUUUUGUAGCGGCUGAACGGAAAGAAGUGGCACCACCGGUUGGCAUUCCUCCUCCCAAACGACUGCCAAAAGUGACUCAAAAGGUGUCCUCCCGUGGUGGGUUUCUUGGAAACAGAGGUGGUGGCAGAGGCACAUUCCACAACCAAAGCAGGUUCUUCACUCCGCCUGCUCCUAAAGGUAGGUUGAGGGUCUUUCCAUUUAAAACACUUAGGUUCAGCAUUUGUGGUGCUGGUCUCGCAAACAGACCAGGUCUCACAAAUAAGCCUGGGUAAGUGAGAUGUAAGGAGACUUUAUCCAAAAUUUAGUUUUCAAUACAUUUCUAUCCAAAGAAGAGUAGGGAACUAUUGGCUUUCCAACAUUUCCUUCAAAUGCUUGUCUCAUUCAAUGAAGCAAGGCUAGAUCUAGCCUUUCUUGUCAUAUCCUACUUCUCACUUUCUUUGCUUCUUUUCAGAGACUUGUGUGAUAUCUAUCGUGUUCUGUUAAGUUUACAUCCAAUUUUUACAUUUCAUAUUUCUAUUUGUGUUUAGUUAAUUAUAGCCGUCGGGAAGGAACACGUGUCCUGAACUGGAAUGCACAAACCACGCCACGAGGCACUUAUGUGGAAAGCAGAGGAGCACAAAGCAACUUUGACCGAGGAAACUUGCCUCCUCUUCGUCAAAGCUCUACAGGUUUGUUCCUCUACAUAUAUUUAUCAGUUCUAUUUAAAAGGGUUAUUUUUAUUUCCUGUGUUCCAGAACAGUGUAGUGUUAAAGUGCAUCUGCAAGGUUCCAUUCAACCAACUACGUGAUUUUGUACAAUGUAGUAGUGAAAUAAAAGAUAACCUAUUUGUAUUAAGGGGUAACCAAAUCCUAAGUUUCAUGUAAUAAAGAAAUCUUCACUUAAGAGUACACAGCCAUGCUGACUUACUUCAAUCCAGAGAAAUUAUGGUAUAAAAGAAAAAUAUCAAUAAAAUAAAAAAAAAUCAUUAAUUAUUAACAAAUGAAAAAUCCAACAAAAUGGAUACAAUGUAAGCCAGAGCGCUGCGUCCUCAGAGUGGAUUUCGACCCAUCACGAAAAUCCACACAUCAGUGUCCUAGCAUACACUCCAAACACAAUUAACAAAGUCUUUACAGAUGGUGAUGUCCCGAACGGUUCGCCGCAGACGGCGAACAUAAACUUUGACCCUGUACCUCACAGUCAGCAGACACAUUCCAGCCAAUCAGCAGCAGACCCUCCCUCCCACCUCCUGGACAGCUCACUAAGAAUGAAGCUUCACAAUGAAUGUAAAAUGGAUGCUGUCCAGGAGGUGGGAGGAUCUGGGAGGGAGGGUCUGCUGCUGAUUGGCUGGAAUGUGUCUGUUGACUGUGAGGUACAGGGUCAAAGUUUAUGUUUAUGUUCGCCGUCUGCGGCGAACCUUUCGGGACAUCACUGUUUACAGACUAUUAUUCAACAUUUUACAACCAUUGCCCACAGCCAGAGGGGUCUGCCCCUGAUGAUUGUGCAGACCUACACUCAUUCCUGUCGGACCUAGAUUUGCUAAAACUCACAGGACCAGAGGUGGGGACUUAGGGUGCACUAGAAGUUGACGCAGCUAUCACGGCCCUAAAAGGUAAUAAAGCACCAGGACCAGACAGAUACGACACGGGUUAUUAUAAGAAAUUCAGGUAAGUACUGGCCCCCAACGCACUACCCUUUUCAACCACUUUAUGGACGGAGGUGCACCAGACUCAAACGUGGCGCUAGCAAACAUCACAUUAUUACCAAAACCAGGUAGAGAUGAGAAUGCUAGCAUCCAACUACAGGCCUUAUCUCCCUGAUCAAUUCAGAUCUAAAGAUCUACGCCAAAAUUUUGCCUACCAGACUAAAUCCGCUAUUGACACGCUUGGUCCACCCUGACAAGGUGGGGUUUGUGCCAGGCAGACAGCUCUAUGAAAAUGUCAUGUUGCAUGUCCGGCUCGGGAGGGUCUUCUCUGGCACUGUCCUUGGACGCCGAGAAGGCCUAUGACAGGGUGAAGUGGUCAUACCUCUUUGGCCCACUGCAGGCAUGAGGCUUCCCAGAACCCUACGAGAUGGCAAUCGGGGCCCUAUACACAAACCUCAGAGCCCAAACACUGAUAACUGGGGCCCAUCGCACCCGCUUCCCCUUAAAUAACGGCACAAGGCAGGGUUGCCCCUGUCCCCAUUGCUCUUCACGCUCUCCCUGGAGCCGCUAUUGCAGGCCCUCCGACAUCAUCCACACAUACGGGGUGUGGGUGUAGCUGGACGACAGUUCAAAACAUCAGCAUAUGCCGAUGACAUCCUUCUUACACUCACAGACCCACUCAGUUUCAUGGAGCACCUGACUAAACUGCUAGAUCACUACGGAGACCUGUCUGGGAAUAAAGUCAACCUGGCUAAAUCCAUGGCAAUGCCCUUCCACCUUUUAGCCCCAGACAUGGCACAGAUCAGAGACACAUAUAAGUUACGCCUCGCUGACAGCACCCUCCCCUACUUAGGCAUUAGACUUACAUCUGACCACACACAGUUAUACCACCAUAAUUACCUGCCAGUGCUCCGCAGCCUGAUCCAGAACCUGUAGAAAUGGACAGAGAAGCCUAUCUCGUGGCUAGCCAGACUUCACUCAGCGAAGAUGAAGAUCCUCCCCAGGCUAUUGUUUUUGUCUUUCAACCCUACUAGUGCAGGUCACAAGAGGAGUUACUUGGCGGGGUUACAAAAGGCCAUAGACCCAUUCAUCUGGCAGAGGAAGCGCACCAGAAUUGCGUGUAAAUUGCUAUACCGACUCCUGAUGUGAUCUGACCUUCCCCAGUUUUUUAUAUGGUUACCCAAUUAGAACACGGCCUUUAUAUGCACUACUUGCCCAGCGAAACUAAAUUUGAUCAGAUUAUGGGACCAGGUAGCACAAAAGUACUCACUCAGUAAAUUCCCAUCUCCAAUGACACCUGUACUCCGUAACAGGGCCUUUCCCCCCGGGAAUACAUGCUAUAGACUUUAGAGGGUUUGAAUACACAGGACUCCAAAGAUAUAUACAAUUGUACCUCGACUAAGCCCCAGUCACGUUUGAUAGGCUCAAGGAGCUCGCCCAACUAUCCAACAGAGACUACUUUAGGUAGCUACAAAUACGUGACUUUGCAUCCAAACCAGAGGUGUGAGCAGCAGCUGCCUGCCCACUUCCCUUUUUUGAGCAAAUGUGCUUCAAGAAAAGCAGCCUAAAAGCCUCAUAUCCCUCUUGUACGGCCACCUCAGUGUGGAAGCUAACGAAUGGAAAAACCUCAGAUAUACCGGUCUGUAGGAGGCCGAACUGGGCGAGGUAUUGGAGGGCACGGAUUGGCAAGACAUAUGGGAGGCAUGCGCCCAGUCCUCCACCUGUGUAACCCUCCAAGAGCAAUCAUUUAAAACACUAUUUCGGUGGUACACCACCCCACUCAGACAACACCACAUGAAACUUGGCCCCAUUGGCACUUGCUGGCGAUCCUGUAAUGAAAAGGGACCCUACAUACAUAUGUGGUGGAAAUGCCCCACAGUCAGUCUGUUCUGGAAGGGAGUGAUAGAACUAGGUUCUAAAAUAUUACAAAGGACGCUAGAUUUAGACCCAUGGGUGUGCUUACUAUCCAAGCCUACCGAUGGACUCCCUCGCCACGAACAGAAACUACUCAACAUGGUAUACUUAGUAGCCAGACGAGCCCUGGCACAGAAGUGGUUGAACACUGAGCCCCCUCCUUCUCAUUGGUACUGGCCAAAAUAAGACAACUAUCUUAUGGACAAGCUGACUUCACAGGUCCGUAUCACCACUGCCACCAUUGAGAGGGUAUGAGACCUGUGGGAGCAAUACAUAGAGGAAAUAGGAUUGUAAGUCGUGAGAACAAUUACGCAUAACAUACAACACCCCCGUGCCGUGGGAUUCUGAGAUUCUACUAUUCUAUCCCUUCCGUUAAUUUCAUUACCUUUCUUACCUUUUGACACUGUGCCAAUGUCAGUGUCUUCUAUAGGGUACGGUAAGACUGCCUUAUUUAUCCUGCUUCUAUGCCAUCUGCACAUACACCUAACAGACAGGGGAGCUCACUUUACUGCUACUCCGCACCUCACUGACUCUUGGGCUUUGCCACACUGCAGCCAUUUAUGACUAUUGACAUCGGCUCCAAGUGAUUCCAAAUGUUCCUCACCACUUAAUACUUGCACACAAAUACAGUUAGCACUGAAUUGACAGCAGCACACUGCCACAUUCAUCCUUAUAAGCGACAAUCUUAAAUAUUCGGUCAGAAAACACUAAUAACAAACCAAAAAGAAAAUGCAAAUGAAUAGAAACUGUGGCAUCUGGAGCGGUGGUACGAAUUAACUACGGCUGCCACCUACGUUCCCCGGAUAGCAGAGUGCACACACCCAUAAUGGCAAUACUGCUGGGACUUUUCUUACCUCUUUUACUACCUUUCUGUUAUACCUUUAUUUUUCCUAUGCCUAAACAAAAUACUUUGACAGUUGGUCCUUGCUUUUCUCACAAAGGGAUAAAUGGUCUGGAAUACUGUAACGAAGGUUCUUUUACAAUCUGAUGCAUAUUACUAUAUUCACUAUAUAUACGUUACUUGUAAGUACCUUCCAACCUCCAUGUAUCCUAUCAUUGAAUACUGUCAUCGCAAAAAUAAAGAAUGAAGAAAAAAAAAUAGGUGGUUAUACAUAGAAUUCAACAAUCCUCCUCAAGGUGUUACUUUACCCGUAAUGGAAGACAUGACUCACUUUAUGUAUUAAAAAAAAAAAGCCAAUCACCUGACCAAUGUUUACUAUUCAGAGUGUCUCAAACAUCUAGUUACGUGUUUUCUUGUUUCCUUUUUAGGAUACCGUCCAAAUCCACGAGACAGGACUGUCAGAGGUCGUGGGGGCAUUGGACCAUCCUGGGCAAAUGCUACGGGUAGUGGGAAUAGUUCACGGGGAAAAUUUCUUGGUGGAAAUGGCAGUAGGGGACGCCAUGUACGGUCUUUUACUCGAUAGAAGAAUCUCUACUGGACGUCCUAUAUUUUUGAAUAUAUCAUGAGACAUUUUUGCAAUGAUCGUAAACAUAGCACUGAAGAACCAAUGAAUUUAGUGCUAAAAUGUGUUCUUAAACCACCCACGGAUUUGAAGAAAGUAUGUCUUUUGAUACAAAUGCUGAACGUUAAAAUAUAAGACAUUUUAUUUUCAUGUACAGUCUAGUAAAUUGUUCUGUGUUUGUCGGUUUUUCUUUGCCGCAAUUUUUUUUAUAAUAAAACUAUAAAAACACCAAUUAUUGCAGAGACUGCUGUCUUCUCUCAAAGACUAAACAAUGAGCUUGUAGACAAACAAAUUAU